AUGCCUAGAGGAGAGACCAGCAAGCAACAAACACUACAUCCGCGUGAGAGUGUGUUUGUGCAUCUGGUCCGCAGUCAGUCACCCAGUCAGGGAGAUGAGCUGAGAACAGCAGCUCUGAGCCCCAGCCCGGAGAAUGAAAAGUCCUCCACAGAUGCUGUAGCAGAGUCCAAAUGCAGGCGGCGCUGUGUAGGCAGACAUACUGUAGCGAGCCAUUUCCUCCCAGUGUGGGACGGGAGGGGGCCUCUGAUCAUUCCCCUGACACACCGUCCAUCUGUGUGCAUGAGCUGGCAGCAGCAUGGCUUCUUCAACAACGUGCUGCUAAGACUCAGUUCCUCACUCCAGCACAAACCUUUCCCUCAGUCUCUCCAACUGCUCUGA